GCCGACCCGACAAGGACCCACACCAAACGAUCGGUCUAGAGGUCCACCAAAGACACGAGAGGAUGAUCGAGUCGCCGAAAUCCGGCAAACGAUCUCAGCGCGAUUUAAGGAAGGCAUGAGAACAGAAGAACGCGUGAAGCAGAAUGUUAGAGCACCAACACCUAAACGGGAAACCUUCCAGCGUGCCAAAGAUCUAUUGAAGGACCAGCUCGAAGCUCUGGAUACCGUCGCGGUAGCACGCCUCCCUGGCGUGAACGUGAUCGAGGAGAGAAGACAGCGCUCGGAGACUCCUCCAAGUCUCGUCCCCUUGGUCCAGCUUGGUUUGGAGGGCGCAGGGACAAAUCUUUUCGGUUGGGGCUGCCCCUUGUACUGCUUCCAGCCUUCCUUUGCUACCUUCAGCCUUGUCUUGAUCCUUGGAUUUGCCCUUGGUGACAUUGAACCUUCCUGCAAAUUGGGCGACCUGCAGAUUUCUGUCAAGGGCCCCCUCGACCAGGCCACAGACUUCAUCAGAUUCAUCACUGCUCCUGGCACAACUGCUGCUGGCAGGGGAUCUUCUCAGUGUUCUUUUGAGCUGGUGUCUGACGCUGGCUACGUGGCUGCUCCUUCCAGGACUUUGGAAUCGAGGGACCAGAUCAUUGCCUCUUUCGCGGAUUGCCCCCUCUACUUGUCAAAGCAGGCCGGGUACUACGUGGUGGUCCGUGCAGACGGAUUGCGUCUUCCAACCAUCUUCAAGUCAGCGAAGUCCUACUGGGGAGUGGUCGGAGAGCUUGGCAUAGAGACCUACCUUCUCUCUUGGCCCCUUGGAGACUUGGAAGAUGGAGAAGCAGAGACAAUGGCGCUGGCGCUUAUGAGGCGAGGGAAUGGCAUUCUGCUCGCACAGAGGGGUUCGAGGACGAGCCGGAGACUCUUGUGGCGCCUCAAGCAAAGUCUCAUGCCAGAAGGGCUACGCUUCCGCAAAAAUGGAAAACCAAAGCGCCAUGCCAGAGCUUCACUGGCUGCAGAGCUCAAGACGGUCAUGGACUUUCUGCCAAAGCUCUCCCAGCAGAUGGACGCCUUGGCGCAAAGACAGAUUGCGGUGGAGUCAAAGGCCAAAGGUGGUCCCAUAUACCCAUCAGCAUCUACCAUUGCCUCACAGCCUCUUGGCAGGGCCCUGGACUUGCCCAAACCUGCACAGUUGUCAAGCCUGGCCAAAGCAGUUGGCGAGACUCCACGCACUCAAGCCUUGGAGAGCGACAUGAAGCCUGCAGAGCUACGAGGCCUGGAGGCCGAGGAGCUGGACCCUUUGGCCACAUCCUCCCCAGAACGCCGAUUCCUCACUUGCCCGGCUGUGCUCGAACAAUCCAAAGCUUUGACAUCUCUGGCUGCGCAAAUUGCUGCCCAACAUGGGGAUUCAAUGACCGAGUUGGCGGGCAUCAGCACCACUGGAACCAGGGGAGCAGCGGGCGGGGCCAAGUUGCAGAACGAGUUGGCCAUGCAUCGGGGAACAUUCUUCACAGCAGUUCUUCAUCAGAUGGGCUCGUCGCAUGGCUUGAAGUACCUGGAACGUUUUGGUGGCUAUGGGAGGCAGCGGGAGCUGGGGAUCUUGCAGCAUCAAGUCAUGACGGUCUUCGACUUUUUGAUGGAGGCAGCGGCGAGAGAUGCCUUGGGAGUACUUGCCGCGGCCAUCGAACAGUCAUGCCUCGAUGGCGGGCGCAUGGACCUUGCAACGCUGCUCACACUGCAGGAGGACCCGCCCAGUUCCAUAUUUCAGAAUCGCCAGCUCUCCAGCACCAGCAGGUCCAGGAGUUUUGCGCCGCUGGCGGAUCAGCGGUGGGUGACCUGCUCCCUGGCCUUCCUGGAAAGAGAUGGAGGUGAUUGCGUCGAAGCAUCUGGAGCUUACCGGCGGCGGAGGAAAGGGCACUUCAGAAGCUUCAUCAGAAGCGCCAAAGCUUUAAAGGGGGUGCCGCACAGCUUUUUCAUGGCACUUGGUCAGAUCGUUUUCUGCUUCACGGCAUGGAUCCUCUUUGCCUUCCACGACCUUUUCCACUUCCUGUCUCUCUUGUCUGUGUUUGGAGAUUCAGAUCAGCCCUUCCCAGUGGUGCCUGGUCGCUCCGGUCCUGAAUUAGGUGCUACCGUGGCCCCAUUCUUCCUGGGCAUUUCUCUCGAGUAUUCAAUGCGUACAAAUCUGCUGACCUUGACCGCCAGAGUGGUGACCGCAGACUGCCGAAUGCAAGGGAGCGCAGCAUUGAUGGGCCAUCAACUUUUUUGCCUUGGUUUUCUGUUGUGCAAUUUGCGGGUGAGGAGAUUCAAAGAGCAGUUGAUUGCUAGUGUCACGGACAGACGUGAUUACUAUCACCAGGCUGCCGUCUCUGAUGAGCGUGCUCGCACCAACAUGCUGCCUUUUGCGUUCACCCAGGAGGAGCUCUCUGGAUGUGCCGCUCUUGACACUGCAAAACUGAGAGAAGCAGAAUCCAAGAAGCUCAAGAAGAACAGGGAGGUUGUUGGUGGCUUCGCAGUUGUAGAGGAAAAUCUGGCCGCCCUCAAAUUCAACAUUGACAAACCUAGACGCUUUGCAAGUGGUGCACCAACAGUCGACAAUCCAAGCUUGACAGCACGCUGGGAAGACACAACCUCAGCUCCAGCGGCUUUGAAGGUGCUCUGGCUAUCAAUGUCUUUCUCAGGAGAUCCAGGAAGGUGCCUGAUGGCGCUGAUUGAUGACAUGUUUGCCCUUGCAUCAGCUGCUGAGAAAGAAGGUCUUGCAGACUGCAUCGGCCACGCCCUCGACCACCUUCGAAAUGUAUUCCACCUAGUGGCAAGACCACGGGUGGACUCCGCAUCGUCCAACUUUGUGGAGUCCUCGAAACCCGGAGCACCUUUGUCUCCAAAAUUGGCAUGUUUGCCUAUGGCCUUCUGGCCUGCUGCACUUCAUGGAGCACUCGGUUGUGUCUUUGCUGACUCCCAAUUUCACCAGCUGCGGAAGAAAGCAAUGGCAGCCCUUGGGCUUCGAAACAGUGAAUCCAAUGCAGUUUUGUCUCUGAGGCCCUGUGGCUUGGAAGUGACAAGAAAGGAGCGUAUUCAAAGUUUGAUUGCAGCCCCACGUGAUUUGCUGGCAGCGAUUGGUGAGGAACUGCUUGAUGAUUUGUCAGCGCCUGCGUAUCAUGGACAUGCAUCCCCUGGCCUGCCACUUCUGCUGAGGCAUGACUUCGUUGAAAUCUAUGGGGGGUCCGGCAGAGUUUCUGCGGCAGCUCAAGACCUGGGGCUCGUGGUUGCCCCUCCUUUGGACUUGGAUGCUUCUCAGUAUUGCUUUCACAUGAUUGAGAGUGGGCGUUUUGGCUCCUUCCUGACUGAAACCUACUGGCUUUUCGCUCUUUUCUUCUUUUGCGUCACGGCCGAAGACACCACAGACCUUGCGGGAAAGAGCAGCCACGCUUCUGCUGUCUACACCUUGGACUUGGCAAAGCAUAUUGCGCUCCAUUUUUGGUAUGCUCUGCGCCGCCUGAGGAUCGUCGAUGAGGAUCUUGACGCCUCUGGCUUUGAAAGCGUUGUGACCAAUGACAUCCUGACCACCAGACAGUGGCGAGUGCGAAAGGUGUGGCACUGGAAAAGAAAGAGCCAUAGCAACGUGCUUGAAUCCAACGCCGCUCUUGAGAUUGUCAAGGAUGUUGCUUUCCGUUUUUCUGCGGUCAGGGUGAACCUUUUAGUUGACUCCAGAGUUGCAAAAGGUGCACUAGCAAAGGGUCGGUCAACCUCUUGUGGCUUGCAAAGAAGCUGCAAAUCAUCUGCCGCACUUCAGAUCUGCAGUGACAUCUACAUUGGUUGGAAUUUUGCUCCCACUCGACUGAACAUUGCUGAUGACCCUACGCGAGAUGUGGCAAUCAGGGAUGCUGGUGGCUUUUGUAUCUCUGAGUGGUUUUCCCUGCGUGAGCUUCAGAAGUUGCACUUCAAAGGCCUCUCAGAGGUUGCGGCGAACUGGACUCGGCUCAUGAUUCUCGUUUUUCUUUUGGUCGAGCUGCAGCCUCUGAUGAUGCUGACGAUCCAGGCGGCCUUUCAUUUGAUUGCAAGCGGCCUUGGAUUUGCCCUCUGGAUUUUGUGGGCGGCCAUCCUUUGUAUCCUUCAGUGGAUUUUCCGCAGCCUUUGGACUUUAUCCCUUGCAUCUCUCUGGGCAGUCCUAGCCUUCUGGAUUUUGUGGACUUUCCUUGGGCUUUCAUCUCGUCCUUGCCCCUCCUGUGUCUGGCUUGGUCGUCCUGUUUGUCUGGUGUUCCGUGUCCUCUGUUUGUCAGCCAUUGCCCCCGAGCGUUGGACUUUCGGUAGGCCUGUCCUUGUUCGCGCCAUGGAGCCUAUGACUGCCGCUGACAAGCGAAGAGCUGCUUACAGGAACCCGGAAGGGAUUGUCCCUACGCGGGUAGUGCGGAAAUCUAUGCUGGAUGCCAGAAACAAGCUUCUGGAGGAUUUUGCGGCAUGGAUGUUGCUUGAGCAUGGUUUUCUCUUGGGGCCCAUCUUGACUGCGAAGCCUUUGGACCCAGAGGAAGUUUGCAAAUGGUUGGUAGCCUAUGGACAGCAGAUGUUUUUGUCUGGGAGAGCGUAUGGACGCUAUGCAGAGACAAUCAACGCGGUAGCUACCGCGCGCCCUGCUUUGAACAAGCAUCUGAGUAUGGCGUGGGAUUUAGCUUUCGCUUGGCUCCAACACCAUCCUGCCUUACCUUUGUCGGUGCUUCUGGCCGGAGAUGCAGCUCCAGGUACACCAUUUGCACUGCUACGCAUAGGCAUGCCCAAAACACGGCGGCGGGCAGCCCGCCAUCAGGCUGCUCGCAUAGAUCCUCCAGACAUCGUCAGCUUGCUCGAGGCGACCUAUGCUGCAUAUCCCAGGGAUAAGAUCAACAUGGUGAUGCCCUCAAGCUCCCCCGUCCCAGCAUGGCUUCCCGCCCUUGCGCUGUCUGUGCUUUGGGUGGAUUCACAGCUGCUUUUGGCCAACAAUACUGGGCUGCAGCAGAUGGACAACCAAAUGAGGCAGAAACAAAAUGGCGUGACU